AGCUGCGGUUGCCAUGGUACGGCGUCAGCAGCUACUCUGAAGCAAACGUCUAGGCGUGGACUGGAAAAAAUGCUAUUAGAAAUUCUAUGGCACUAAAGAGAAGGACUACUUUUAGCCCACGACUUGCUGUUUUUCUCUUAUUAUUGAUAAAGCGACAGCCAUGACAGUUUAUUUCAAAAACGGGUGUACGACCCAUAGUCUCUAUUUUAUAUCUAACUGCAGCUAAGUUAGCUAAAGUUCGAGCUAGCUUGCUAAUAGCUCUUUAGCUUACAGUAGCCGAUCCAAUCAAAACAAGAAACGGGCAAUCUGUCAACAACAGAGUACCUGGAACAGCACACUCUCUACUUUAAUCCUGUCAGUGGGAUCCACAAAGUGCGGGGCAGUGCCGCUGCUGUUCCUCCUGAGGCAAAAGAUGCGAUGAAGACAUGAGGACAAAGUCGGCUAGAAUUUGAUAUAUAAGCAUGUCUUAAGUGACGACAUGGAAUCUGAAAAAGUAGCUGACCCAUAUGAAGACAACCGGGAUUUAAGUCGCCAGUCCUGCCGUAGUACAAAGAAAGAAUCUCGGGCUUCAUCCGUCCAGAAACAAAAACAGAACUUCUGGGACAAGAUGCACAGCGAGGAUGCAAAACUUGGCUCAGGUGAUGUCAGAUCUAUAACCAGAACUUGGCAUUCAGAUCCUGAUCGGGAUCGGAUGUCAGAAGGAGAGGGAAGCAAAAGUGGUGGGUCAUUUUAUUCUGAGGAUUAUGAAAACGAGUCUCCUUCAGAGCGCUCUGUCUCACCGUACUCCCGGUCCCGGACUCCUUCACCCACCCCACAUAGAGGGGUGCGGGCAAAGAGGAUCUCUGGCAGCCCUCUCCACAAGACAGGUGGUUUGGGGCGCCGUGGCUUGUCUCGCCCACAGCGACCAGGUGGUCACCCCCUGACCCAGCAGUAUCAAAGGGGGGUGCGUUCUCACAGCAAGGAGUCCACACCGCCUAAAGACCUGGACCUGGUGACCAAGCGGAUGCUCUCGGUCCGCCUCCUAAAAAUCAAUGAAUUGCGCAAUGCUCUUUCUGAGCUGCAGCAACGCACGGAUGAACUGCAGAAAGAAAAUCGAAUUCUUAGACAGCUUCAGGUGCGUCAAGAGAAAGCCCUGCAGCGGUACGAUGACACAGAAAGUGAAAUCUCCCAGCUCCUAUCCCGGCACUCCAACGAGAUCCAAGUGCUGCGUGAACGUCUCAGGCGCACCCAAGAAAGGGAACGGAAAGCUGAGCGACAGCUGAGAGACACCGAGGAGCGGUUUCAGAGGGGUCAAGCUACAAUUUCACGGCUGAAGAAGCUGGUCGAGCAGCGGGAUUUAGGAGCCAGAGAGGAGCUAAGCCGCAGGCUAGAGGAAGAGAAGUUGCGGGCCCAAGAAGCUGAACGUAAGCUUAAGGAGGUGGAGCGUAGCAUGGAGCUAAGAAAUAGCAGUUAUCAGAGACAGCUUGUCGCAGAGAAGAAGAAGACACUUAGUGCCCAGGAAGAGAUCAGGGCUCUCCAGGAGGAACUUGAACGACUGAACAAUAAACUCAAGGAAAAGGAGAGAGAACUCGAUGCGAAGAAUAUUUAUGCCAACCGCAUGGUGAAACCCUCACAAAAAAAAGAGACUGAAAGUGACACAAAGCAGAAAGUUCCCAGCAGGAGCAGCUCUAAGGCGAUACAGACUGAAGGCAGGAUGCUGAGUCUCGAUUUUCCCACACCUCCCCCUGCUAUCACAGAUGCCAGCGAGUACAGGGAACAUCCACCUGAUGAAUAUUUAUCACUUAAGGAGCUUAACAGAGGGGUCAAUCAAGCAGAGGCAGAAGACAGGGGACCAAACUGGGAACAAAAGAGUAGAGAAAGACAUGAGGAGAAGGAGGUGGCGAAGGAAGAGAAAGAGGCCAAAAAGUACCUUGAUCAGGAACAGAAUGUGCUUGAAGUUAAGGCAAAGCUUUUAAGAAACGGCUUGGAGAAAGAAAGGGAUGAAGAGGGCCAAAAGAGGACGAGUUCCCUGUUCAACCAGAAGGGGGAUGAUAACUACAAGAAGCACGGUCAUGUCCAGGGAGAGGUGGAGAGAUGGAAUCAGGAGGCGCUGGCCAGUCAGCAAGCAUCAGAAGAAGCGCAGCGCAAAAAAGAGCAGCUGCUGGCAAAGAUGCGGGAAAUAGACAGUCAGAAACAGGGGGCCCAGGAUUCCUUGUUUGCCUCGAGUCUUUCUGAGUCCAAUAAGGGUCUCGGUGAACAUUCUUCUCCACGUCCUCCUGAGCAAAGGAACCAUAACUCUUCAAUUUUCAGGUUAACUAAUUCAGAGGAGCCGGAUGGUUUGCGUGCUGGGAGCAGAGAAGGUGGAAGGAGGAGACUAGGCGUAGAGGGUGGAGCAGUUAUAGCAGGGAUAGGGAGGAGAGCGCUCCGGUCUCAAAUCUCCAGCGACGACUUGGCUUUCGGAGGUUACGCACCUUCGUUUGUACAUUCAACUUUCCAUGGUUCCUCUGGCUUCCCUCCACCUCCACCCAAAGAGGACAAGGAAUCUGCGUUAGAAGCAAUAGGGGUGUUUAAUAUCAGUGCGGCAGAGUUUGAGAAGGAGAGGGAGACAGAAAAAGCUCAGGGAAAGGACAGGAAGUCAAGUCUCAUGCAGCAGCUGUUUGGUCCCCAAGCCACAGCUGUUGGUGAUAGCGAGAAUACCUCCAAUAAACUGGAGCUUCUUAAUAGUCCCCCAACAACCAAUGGAGUGCGUUCAAGAAGGGAUGGACUGCGCAACUUCAACUCAGGAUCUCCCACUCCUCCAGCAGCCUCCUUUAACACCCUGCAUGUUGCAGAUAGCAGACCUGCCAUCCGUGCCAUCACCUCCUUCGAAGACGACAUUGAGGAACUCACAUUAUGAAAUUAAUUUAGAUUGAAAGUAGUCUGGGUCUUUGAUGGCAAACCAUCAAAUCUGAGAGGUUAUUUAUGAAAUAUAAGAACACUAACAACCCAGCAUUAAAAAUAUGAGAACAUCAAAAAAAGAAGAAACUUGCAGAAAUUGAUUGUUUUAUCCAUCAGUCUGUUUUCUUAACUGUCUCUCUAUCCAGUUGGAUCAGCCCCUCGAAACAUCCCUAAGGUGGACAAGCAGUUAAGAAAAAGGAUCAAUUUUCUUGGUUUGUGAUCAUAGAUUUUCCGAUAAUCUGAAAGGGCUGCAGUAGGGAGGAAAAAAUUACAAUGCAUGGUGCAUAAUAGCACCCUUCCUACAGUUCCCCCUUCUGUUCAAAACACCUCCUACCAGAUGGCUUCACGCUGGAUUUAAACUCUACUAUAUCAGGUGAAUGCCUUCUGCCCAAGGCAUUGUAUCACCACUUUCUACACAGAUUUGAUUUAGUUUUAUAUAAUCCGCCUGUUUUUUCAGUCAUCAACUAGAUUUAUUUUUAAACAAUACCAGUGGAGAUACAGGAGUCUUUUUUUCCUUUUGCCCAGCCCAUUUAGGGGUUGCCACAGCAAAUCAACAGCCUCCAUCUAAACCUAGAUCCACAGCAGUUCUCACUACCAUCUUUGGUUUAUUGGUUUAGUUUUGUUUGUUUUCUUUUUUUAGAUUAUGUUCACUAAUCUACAAGAUUGUGUAAAUAAUGCUUUGUAUUAAACCCAUCAAUACCAGCUUAGUCCGUGCCCUGCACCACAAAAUGUAACAUCAGCCUAAUGUUGCCAGAUUCUCUCUUUGCUUUCUGCACUAUACGUCUUGUGAUGGGAGCGCUUUACUUUCAAAAAGGCAAUUAGCCUUAUAAUAAGCAAUCUAAUGGUUAAAUUGAAAUGAAGACACAAAAUGCUCUUAUUUUAAUAUUCAUUUGUUAUUACACUCGAGCUACAUUCAGACGGCACUUUUUAAAUGUGACACAAAGCUGUCACCCCCCUCACUCAGUCUAAAGUUGAGAUCUAUUAUUUACUUGUGAAACUCUUUGUAUUUAUUCUGUGAAGCUUAUUUAAGAUGAAAUAUGUAACCAGUUACAUUUCGUCUAAUGUUUAAAAUUGUUGAAUGAAUUAAAGGUUUGUACAAUA